CUAUUUUAAUUUUUGAGUGAAGUAUUCCAAAGAAUACCAUUGAAAAACAGGGAAACUGGUUGUGUAAACCUACUUCUCAUUCCGCCACAGAAUUCGACAUCAGUUUAGUAAUUUGUUUGACAGGAGUCGAAAAAUAAAUGAUGUGUGUCACGGAGAUCGAAACAUCCCCGAAUAUCUUGAUCCUAUCUCCCACGAAUCAUCCUUUUUUAUCGAUUUCCUGAUUUGCAACUCUGUGGGGUUUUUCAACCUCUCAAGGUCGAACUGGGAGAGCGAGUGUUGAUUGCCGUCGGUUUGUUAUGGCUGAGUGUGCCGUGGCCACAGCAAAAGCAAAUGUUAUGCUGUAUGAUUCGAAGGCUAGUACUUGGAUCCCCAGUGGUCCAGGACAUGGCAUUUCCAAAGUUCAACUAUAUCACAACACGUUAACUAAUGCUUAUCGAGUUGUCGGUUGGAGGUUACCAGACCGUGAGGUUGUUAUUAAUUGUGCCAUUGCACGGGGGUUAAAAUAUCACCAAGCACGUCCAACGUUUCAUCAAUGGCGUGAUAGUAGACAACAAGUUUACGGUUUGAAUUUCACAUCAGUUGAAGAAGCAGAUGCAUUUGCUGCCGCUGUUAAAUCAGCCUUAGAAAGUCUAGCCGCACUGCAUUGUCAACAGGCUUUACAAACUCAACAACAACAACAAUGUAAGCCUCCUGUUACUUAUGAUCAGGUAGUGUCUAACGAAACAACAACAACAACUACUACUAUUUAUCAAGAUACACAACUAAACCAAUAUCAACAAUCAAAAUACCAAAUACCAAAUCAACAGCCAUCAUCAAAUCAAAAAAUAACUAAAUAUACUAAUGAUAACAACCAGGCACAUUCUGUACAACCUACGGGAAUAUUAGUCCAAAAUCUUCAGAUUUCAUCCUCUGGCAUAACUGAACCAACUGAAGGUUACAGCGAUCAGAACAAGCCAUUAUCAUCAUCGGCGUUAUCGAAUCAGCAGUCCGAUCGAGAUGCUUUGUGCAAUGAUUACAAUGAGGCAAUUGUAAACAGUGUAAAUAGCAUUAUUUUAAGUGAUAAUCAGAAUGUCUACCCGGGUUAUACAACAACAACAACAUGUAAAACUAAUACCUCUAGUCAUCAGAAUACUGAAAUUUCGCAUCUUAAAUCAUCAAUGGAACAAAAUGUAUCCACGAUAAAUGGUUGUUCAAUGAAUGGUAAUACAGAACAUGGUGUAAAUUGUGAUUCACCGUAUUAUUCAUCUUCAGACGAUAGUGUACGUAAUCUUCGUGGUCUCCCUAAUGGAUCCAAUGAACCUCAUUUGAAUCCAACUUCAUUCGUGACGUCAAAUGCUUCCAAUUUUCCCAAUAACAAUGUUAAACCAUUAGGUGGAAAUUCAGAUGAAUCUUCUGUUACUACCAGGUCUCUUUCACCAAAUCAAUGCACUCCAAUUAAUAUUGCCAAAUCCCAACAAUCGAUUCCUGCUCCACCACCACCACCGCCGCCACCACCUCCUCCUCCUCCUCCUCCCCCGCCAAUGACUAAUAUAUCUGGGUCAAAAAAUUGGCAUCAGAACACCACCACUACAACAGCAAUAUCUAAUAAACUAUCAGGUUCACAGUCAGCUGCCGAUAAUUCUGAUACUAGUGACCAUGAUAGUGUUGCUGAUUCUGUUAGUUUAGAUGCUCAAUUACGUAUAGCAAGACAACAACGUAUUCGUGCUGCUUCUGUGGCUGGCCUAGGAUCUUCUGAUUUUGUAUCAACUGUUUGUGGCCCACGUACUCAUGGUGUAGAUAUGAUGACUGAUCUUCAACGUGUUCUGGCAGCACGUCGACGUGCUAAGGAAGCUGAAGAGGAUCCGAAUGCUACAACUAGUGUUAUUUCUACACCGAGUAAUAAUACUUCAACAUCAACAACAGUCAGUAAUUCAAAUAAUGAUCUACCAACUGCUACUUCUCCUGUUCGUUCACAUUCUGUUGUAACAAAUGCAUUUCAAGGUCAGAACUCUUCCACAAUUACUAGUUCGUCCAUUGUACCUGGUUAUGCUACAUUACGAAAAGUUUCCAGUCCAGCUUUGGAUUCAACAGCAAUGAAUUCUCUAUCCAACUCUUGUUCAACUAAUAAUUCGAAUAGUGGGAGUACAACAGUAAAUCGAGCUGAUUUAGAAGCAUUUAAACGUGAAUUAAUAUCGGAAUUUCGUCGAGAAGUUCAACAAUUAAAAAAUGACAUAAUCGAAGCUCUUCGUGCAUCUUCUAUUCGAAAUUGUUGAUUGAACUAUAAUGAAACGCUGGUUGACGAUCAUCUUCAAUAUAUCCAUUGCUUGCUUCUUUUUUUAUUCUCUUCUCUACAUUUCUACUCUCAUCUCCGCAUAUUUUAUCGAAGAAUAAAGAAUUUUAUCCAUACAAACAAACAAUGCUCACUUAACAUUCCAUAAUAUUCAUAAUAAAUAGUCUGUUGAAUUUCUUCUUUGGUGUAAAUCAUCUUAAUGUUCAGUUUAUUUAUAUGGACACAUUAUUAUUCUACCUAUGAUAAAACGUCAUUUUGUCAAUGAUAGGCAAAGUUGAGCAGGUAUUGUUGUUGCUAUGAUUUCUGGGCUAUGUACAUUUGUGUUUUUGUGUGUGUAUGUGUCUGUGAGUAUAAUUCUUUAACUCACUUAUAAACAAACGACGCACUGCCAUUAUUGCUACAAUUUACUCUGAUAUAUGCAUUUUAUUGUUACCUUAUAGUUGUUGCUCUCUUUUUAUUUCAUUUCUUAUUGUAUAAUGCAAAGUUGUGUAGCUUAACUUUUCACUCUGUUGAUUCCAUAUGAUAAUGUGUAUGUUUCCUAUGAUGAUAAUAACAAUACUUGAAGACAGAAACUGUUAAAAAGUGGAAUCAUUUAAAAACCUGCUUUAUAUUUUGUUUGUUCUUUAAUUGGGUUUUUGAUUUCAUUUAAGUCAAUGUUUACAUUUUACUCUCGAUCUAUUUGUCCAUUUCUUUUCUUUUAUAAGAGUUGCCUAAACUCAUAUAUCUAUCUAUUGUUGUUUUAAAAUCAUUGUACACAUUAAUCUCUAAUCCCAUUUUAUGUAUUCUCAUUCACUAGGGUUUACAUCAUUUGUAAUGUAAUAUGUCUAUGUAUAAAUUUGCACUUAAUGUGUGUACGCAUACUUCUGUAAUGCUUCCGUCUGAAUGAGAUAACAGAAUAAAUAUUUUUUGGCUGAGUUUUUCUUUCAGUUUGUUACUACUUCUCUCUUUUUUAUUUAUGAUAUUUCGAUAGUUGGAUAAUAAAACAAUAAACUGGUACAUCUUAUUAUAUUUACUUCCAAACUAUAAGCAUUUCAUUUACCUCUUCUAUCCUCUAUCAUCAUCUGUAAUGAUUCUUAUCUUUAAGGAUUGUUGAAGACCGGUUUUUUUCAGAUAUGUAGUAUACUAUUAACUGCCACUAUAGUCAUGGUUAUUAUCAUUAUUCUAUUGAAUACUUUUUGGAAAACAAAACUAGCUUUAUUACUGUUGUUACGGUUGUGUGUUUUUUUGUUGUUAAGAAGAUGAGUACUUAUUUCUAGGUUGUUCUUGCUUUUUUUCUGGUUAGCGAUUUUUUAGCGAGUUGGUUUUCUACGGGAUGGGGUCGCUAACCCCAUGCCUAAUCCUCCUCCUUUACUCGGGCUUGGGACCAGCAGUAGCCCCCGGAGGAGCUACAGGCGGAGUUAGGUUGUUCUUACUAUAUAUCAUAAAUUAUCAAUUUAAUCUAUGAUUUAGUAUGUUUGUAUGUGUAUGUGAAUUAUUUAUGUUAAAAUCUUACUAUAAUAACAUCAUUAUAAUUACCAUAGUUCAUUAUAGUAUCCUUCGUUUUCACUCUUUUUUUUCUUUUUUGGUGAGUAGCUCCCGAUUCUUUUCUUUCUACUUAAUAUCUUGCUUGUCAUGUGUAUAUUAUUAUUUUCUGCAGAAUCAAAACCAUAUUGCAUUUCAAUAUAAAAUUUCUGAAUGAACUAUAAUUCUGAUAAGAUUUUUGUUUAUCUCCCUUCAAAUGUGUAUAACUAUUUGUUAGUUAUCAUUGGUACUAUUUUAUCAUUAUAUAUUCUACUGGUGGGUUUUCAUUGUUUUUUUAUUAUAUUGUUAACAUCAUAUAGAAUGAUACUUCAACUUGUUGUUUUCUGUUUUGUUUUUCAUUUGAAUAAAUGGCGUUGUAACAACAAAAAACAUUGUGCUAUUU